AUGGAUGUAGAGUAUUAUAAAAGAGACGAUGAUGCGAGUGUAAAUAGUUGGGAAAAGGUUAAUGGUAACUAUGGUCCAGGUUAUACUCCAUCAGAUCUGCAGAACAUUCUGCAACGUGCAAAAAGGGGUGUAGAUGCAUGCCCAAAAGUUACCAUUAAAAUUGAGCAAAAAACAGGCGAAGAUGGAAAGGAGAGUAGUUAUAAAGAUGGUAAUACCUCCAUCAAGGUUACGAGGAGUGAAUUUGGAAGUAGCUAUUAUAAAUAUAUCCAUAAAAUUAAUGAUACUCCAUAUUUUACUCUAAAGGAUGUUACUUACAAAGAUGGUCCAAUUUCAGUCAAGCCAAAAUUUUCUGAAACUUGCAAGGUUACCAGCGUUUCCAUCUACUACUGGAAAUAUUCGGGUAGUGGGCAACCACUCUUGAUAAAGAUUGCCAAGGAAGAUGGACGCGGAAAGGCCAAUGAAAUCUGGCACAGAAAGUUUGAUUCACCUAAAAGUUUUGAUUGGAUUACUGUCUCUGCAUCUGACGAUGUCCAACUUAAUGUACUCGACACUCUAAACUGUGAGUUGAAUGAUGUGGUAGAAAUUUCUGUUGAUGUGAAACCAGCGCCUGGAAAUAACGAGGCUACAUAUUGCCAUGUUGAACAUGAUACAAAAAUAACCGUGAGAAUUAAUCCAGAUGUAAAAUUUUUUGGAUUCGCUGCACAUGAACAUUAUAUGAAAAGCUCAUCUAGUAGUUACAAAAAAUUUCACGUUUCUGGUUUCAAGGAAGGAAAUACAUCCUUGGAUGGAAUAGAUCAACUGCCGUUCCUAAAUGUCGAAUAUGUGAUAGUAUUUUCAUCUACAUGUGACAAUACAUCGAAUGAAAGGGCGCUUCUCAUUUAUGUUAGUUACGACGAUCAACAAAAGGGUGAAUGGUUUAACAGGAAAAUACUGGAAACAGUUGGGAAGGAUUGGGAAGAAGCAGUAGAGUUGCAGGAUAAAAACCCACAUAAUCAUUAUGAACCUAAUAAUAUUGAAGAGAAACUUUGGAAUCUUGCAAAUGCUCUUGGUAUAGUUUGUAGAAACAUUCCUAAAUAUGGACCUGAAACUGGAAAACUAGAUAAUGUACUUGGUGGAUCAAGUGGAACAAAUUCUCUGCCAGGAUUAGGAGGAUAUGCGGAUUCACAUGGUUCUGCUACCUCACCUAAACUUGAGCCAGGUCAAACAUCAGAGGAAGAAGAUACUGGUGGACAUGGCGGAGAUACUGAUCAUUUAUCUUCUGUAACAGAACAUGGCCCCGUUCCUACUGUUCAAUCAACUUCACACGGUGAAAUAACUCCAGAUCAACCAGCCAAGGUCAUUUCUAAUCCUACGGAUAAUGUCAAGACAACAGUUAUAGUGGCUUCCACCCUUGUAGCUCUUGCACUGUUUGCGAGUGUAAUCUACAUUUCCUACAAAUAUGUUAAUGAGUGGGGAUUUAGAAUUUAA